AGCUCAUCAGCUUUUUCGUUUUCUUUAAACGCACAGUGACUUGGAAUCCAUGCAAAGAUAAUGUGACCGUGACCAUCUGGCAACACUGAUACACAGUGAAAAUUUAAAUUUACGUUUACUUCAUCUGUUAUUUAAAAUAAAUACCAAAAUAAAUAUAUGUUUAGAAAAUAAAGUUGUUCUUUACGGUAUGAAUAUUAAUCUCACUAAUUAAUCAUUUAUGUUUUUCUUAUAAUAAAUGUGUUCAAAGUUAGAUGAAACACUUAAAGGACAUUAAAAAUCACUUGUUUGCCGGAAUAUUGACCAAGCAAAAUGCAUCCAUCCAAAUUAUCUUUUCACAACGAAAUAUAGUUUAAAGUAACAAUUAAUUAGCAAAACAGUUAAGAAGUUACAAAUAUGGCUACGAAACAUAAACAUAUUUUCACUCGGUCCAAACCUCUCAUGAAUAUCUAUAGUGGAUUGGAUAAUCAAGGAAAAGAGGUUGAAGUACGAGAGGAUGCUGAACAACUUGUUAAAUGGCAUGAGAUAUCCGAUGCUCUGGUUGCUGCUGGAUAUUACAGGGCCCAACUACAAGGGCUAUCAGCUUUUGAUAAAAUUGUUGGUGGUUUGACUUGGUGUAUAGAGUUAUGUGAUAUAGAUAUUGACAUCAAUCUUCUAUUUGAAGAAAACUUGACUAUUGGAAAAAAAAUAGCCCUCACCGAGAAGAUAGUCAAAGUAUUGCCAACAAUGAAGUGUCCUUUUAUUAUUGAACCUCAUCAAAUCCAGGGUUUAGAUUUUAUCAAUAUUUUUCCACUUGUACAAUGGCUUAUUAAGUACUCAAGUGAAUUUAGAGAGGCUAAAGAGGAAGAACUUCGUAUGUUUGCAGUAAUGCAAUAUGAAAAAGAUCACAUAUUUGAAUUGGAUAGAAAACAUUAUAUUCAACAAGAAAAAAUAUUUAAAAAUCUCAUUAUGAUACAGAAUCUCUAUAAACCAUGUAGAGUGCGUAAAAGAAAAGGAGGUCUUCCAACAAAUGAUCUAGAGCAGGUAAAUGCAGUGCUAUCUGAGUAUGAUCAGCGUAUUUUAAUGCAUAUCUCUAAUAACAAAACUGAUUCACAGCCUGAUGAAGGACUUGAAGUACUGUAUGAUUAUGAAAAAACACUUGCUGAUCCAUCAGAAAUUACAACAGAAACAGACAAAUUCAUAGAACAUGAAAACACAGAAAAAGAUGUUUCAGAUAUUAAAAUUCAUUAUGCAGUUUUGCAAUCGGAGUUAACUGGUGAUCUUCCUGAGGAAUUAGAAGAAAAUGAAAAAUUUAAAUAUUCUAAUGAUAUUGAACAACUGUCAAAAGUUAUAGAUACUAUGGAAAAUGAAGUAGAAAAUGUGAGAAAGGAACAUGAAGAGAGAAUGGAUACGGCUAAAAAACAAUAUUCCACAGUACUGAAUAAAUUACAAAGACUCACUCGGAAGUUAAAUAAAACAGAUGAUUUUACUGAUAGAAAGGCCAAGGAAUUUUACAAAUCCCUAAAAGAAAUAGCAAGAGAAAGAAAUGACCUUUUAAAGGUCAUCCAUCACAGAGAACAGGAACAUAAGAAGCUUCAGGAAGAAUUAAGAAUUGCCCAAGAACCUACAGCCAUAAUAGAAGAAGAGCCUCUAACUCCAGUAGAACUGAAAGAGUUCCAAGAAAGAGAAAAGAAGUUAAAAGACUUUAUUAGUAAGACGAAAGCGGAAUUGGGACAUUUGAACCGUCAAGUUUUAAGGUAUUCUGUGGCGAUUGACGAAGUGCCAGGAACGGCUGAGUUAUUGCAGUACGAGAAACGUUUCGUAGAAUUGUAUAAUCAAGUUGCAUCGAAACAUAAAGAAACAAAACAGCAUUAUAUUUUUUACAACACCCUUUAUGAAGUGAAACUUUAUACAUCGAAGGAGUUGAGUCUACUUAAUUCAAUAUUGGAUAAUUAUGAAGAGGUAAUGUCAUCACCAAGAAAACGUGACGAAUUUAUGACUCAAUUCGAAUCAAUAGUAGACUGGGUUAACCAAACCGUCCGUAAAGUCGAAUACAAGUAUCAAACAGAGAAAGAACAAAAGGCAGCCCUUCACACCGAAUAUUCAAGGUUGAUGGAGGUACAACGACAGUAUGCGGCCGCCUUAAAGAAAUUGGCAUCGGAGCGACAUCGAAUCGGUUCGGAGGAACAGUAAAGUGUUCAAUUAUCCUAAUAUUAUUUAUAUUAAUAAUAAUAAGUAUUGUUUGGUGUAAAAUGUAUAACAAUAAUUAAAUCACUUAAAAUAUAUUAGUAUCUGCGUCCAAUUUUUGCGAGGAGCGCUGUUAAAUUUGAAAUGCAGACUUUGAAUUUUUUAUAAGUAUACGUCAAUAUGACAUUGACAUAUGACAAUUUGUAACACAAGUAAUAGACUAAGUCUAUUCGAAUGAUGUAUUUAUUUCAAUAUAUAGUUAUAACUACUUAUCUAAAAACACUUAUAUUCAUCCACUUACGUGUAGUUCUGUUAAUGGAGUUCAAGCUGUCUAUACAAAAAAGUAUUGUUACUAAAAUUUACGUAUUGUAAAUUUUAAUAUGUAUUAUUCAAGAAUGUAAAAAAAUACAUUUUUAUUCGGAAAAAUUGUCGCAUUUCUUUUUAAGUUAUAAAACUCGUCUUGUAGACGUGUAUCAAUUUCGUAAAGUGUAUACAGGACGUCCAUUCGGCAGUUUCAUGUAUGUUUUUAAUUUGACUUAAAUGAUUAAUUUCACGUUGUUCCUUUUAAAAUACAAUGUUGCUUAAGAAGAAUAAUUUUAUUAUGUCCAUUCUCUUAAUUGGUGUCAAAAAAUAAGAAGUGUUUUUUUUUUUCACAUUUGCGUCGUUUCGUUUCACAGACGAGAUAAGUAAUUUUAAGAAAAUCAUUGAAUGGAGCAAUACUUACUUUUCAAAACAAAAUAAAGUCAUUAAGCUAAAUCCUAUCUACGAUAUUUAAGGUACUUUCCUUUGAUGUCACAAAGUCUUGGGGCGCACUGUAUAUAUACCUUGGUUAUAAUUGAGAUCGAGUUGCCAUUUA